CGUAGGCUUAUUCUUUUCGCAUUUUUUUAACCACCUUUCUUUGUUUCCGAUUCCGCGUAAGUAGAACCGUUUCGUCUGUUGAAGUAACACGUCGCCAUUGUUUCUGUUCGUUUGAACAUUCCAGAAAUGGGUUAUUAAUGGUUGUUCGUGCUGUUCUCUGAAGAUUUUACGAUAUUUUGUCUUGCUGCUUCAGUGAAAACGUUUAUACGGAUUUAUUCACAGAACGCCCUAAAUAGCUAGGAGCUUCUUCCUUUGGACCCCUAUCUACCUACUAUUGUAUUUGGAUUAGUUUUAUUGGAAUAUUAUUUGGAAUCUACGCUGGAAUUAAUUUGUCCACAACGUGGUCUAAUAAACGAUAACGACCCCGACGCCUUGCCGACCAUUUUGGAUCUUCAUCACGUGAUCGGUUAAGCAGAUUUCUACCUGACCCACCGACAUUUUCAAACCACAUUUGACGACGUAUCUCUAUUUUGGAUUUAUAACCGCAAGUAUUGACGCCCUUAUUAUCUACCAUUGCUAGACGUUUGACUACCGAAUUUAUUUAUCAACGAUUGAUUACCAAAUUUUCGACGCUGGAUAUUUUUGGCCCGAAUUACCUCGAAAUACUUCAAAAUUACUACAUAACCUCCGACCUAACCUUAAAUUAUUUACGACCCCCUUUGUGUGUAUUUAAUUGACUUCAUAUUUACCUUGUUUACUGUGUUGUUUUGAUAUUAUUUAAAUUGUGCCUUGUGUGAAAAUUGAAUUAUUUAGAUUACUCGUGUAAAUAUUUUGCUGUUCAUUUAUGCUAACUGUUGUGAGUUGAAGAAGCUUUAUAUCGACCCCAAAAUUUUGUUUUUUUCUGUAAUGUAAAUGAUUUUUUUUAUUCGCUGAAGACGAUUACAAUUUCUUUGUGUGUGUAUUAUCAGCUAUUUAGCUUCGAACGUUAAACCUUUUUGGGCACGUAUUCGCCUAGUGCAUCAAUUAACCCUUAUAGUAUUUUUUUGUGUUUAACCUGAUUUCAGGAUUGGCGUAGCGCACUCCUUCGAGCUCGAAUGGUUGCGACCCGAGUUUCAAGCUUACAAGGUUCUCUUAGUCUACAUUGUCCCCUGAUAUGGAUCAACCAUCGAUUUCCCUAUUACCAGAAGAUGUUCCUGGUGCUGUUUUACGCCAUGGUGUAAAUAUUGAGGACCAUUCUAACCUGGAGUUGCAAAGGUGGUUAGAGUGUCGUGCAUUAAAGAAAACAGGAAAUAAAACUGAUUUAGUGCAAAGGGUUGUAAACUGUAUUGAAGCGGGACGCAGUAAUAGUAUUUCCCUAGCUAUUGAUGGAGGCAAAUGGUACGAUAUGAAACGGAACGUUGUUGUAACUGCUUCCACUUCAACUGCUGCAUCAGGUCCUGCAUCUGAUGAGACUCUUCUGUGGGCAAGAUUCCCAUCUCGUGAAAUCCCCCAAUAUUUCAACAAGGGCCACAUCUAUACCUAUCUUGUGGGAUGCUUCUUUGAAAAUGAAGAUUAUGUCAGCAACAAUACAGGUGUAACAGAAAAACCGUUUCGACGUGGCAGCCAGUUUGUAAGCAGCGAUCACUUGCACGAAGUGUUUGACAGCAGUGAUAACCGAUUUUACCUUUUAAAAGCAAAGUGUUUUGCAUCAUUUAAUAAGAAUAAAUUGUACUCUGUAGUGAUAACUUUAAACAAAGCAUCGGGAGCUGUAGUUAAUGGUAGAUGCGAGUGUAAACAAUCUGCGUUAGGUAAAUGUAGCCACGUAAGCGCUCUUUUGCUGUUCCUGGAGAAGUUUUGCGGAGAAAACGGCCACGAUAACACUGCAUGCACCAGCAAGUUAAGGCAGUGGGGUUUGGGUGCUAAACUGAAAAAACCUGGACCUAUUUCCCAAAAGAAGUACGGCAAUGUGAGAUUCGAACCAAUUCGCAGGGCAACGUUCGAUCCAAGACCAGACAACUAUGAAAGAACUGUCAAUAUAAACAAUUUUAUUUGCGAUUUACAAAAAGAACGUCUUCCUACAAUGUUCGAAACUUUAUUCCAACUACGUUAUGAUGACUUCAAAUUGGACCAAAGUAGUGUAGAUAUCGUCAUACAACAAGUUCUAAUUUUCAAGAAGAAUAUGGAUCAGGAACUUAUAAAACAAAAGAACAUCUUUUCUGUAGAAGGUGCCGAAAUUCAGCAUUCGUUGGGUUGGUUUAGAUGGAGAAGCUACUUUAUCACAGCAUCGAAUGCAAAGACCGCUUCAUCCCUAGUGAGUCUUUCCGCAAAAAACAAUUAUUUAAAAAGAAAUCUAUGGCAAUUAACACCAAAUUUAUUGACGGCAGCAAUGAGAUACGGUCAAGUUAAUGAGGCGAAGGCAAGGGACAAGUAUGUAGCCGAUCACAUUCAACCAAAUGAACAAUUUGUGCAAGUAGGGCUGUAUAUGAACAAGAAAUACCCUCACCUAGCGUGUAGUGCUGAUGGAGUUGUGACAACCAACGGAGUGAUCACAAGAGUCAUAGAAAUCAAAUGCCCUAAAGUGCUCGAAGACAAAGAUCCAUGUCAGUGGAACAGUGUGUUAACAGGUCAACAACAGAGCAACUUUUUCGCGUAUGAGGAAAAUAAUAAAGUGUUUUUAAAAGCGAACCAUCCAUAUAAUUAUCAGGUUGCUACAACAAUGUUAAUUUUUGAAGUUCCCGAAUGUGAUUUUGUUGUGUGGUCAAGUGUAGGUCUCCUAGUUUUUAAGGUACAAUUAUCUGAUAUCUCUAGGCAUGUUAUUGACGACAUAACUAAAAAGCUUAAAAAAAUGUAUUAUAAUAUGUACAUUCCAGAAUUAUUUUUAAUGCGAAUUCCGAGGAACUUACCAUUAUUUGAGUUGGACUACUUUCAAGAAUAAUGUAUACUAUACUAUAUUUUGUGCUCUUUGUUAUAAUUACAUACAUAAUGUUAUAAUAAAAUUAUGUUAAAACUGGUUUUUCAAAGUUUACCAAAAAACAAAUUAUACUAAAUAUAUUGGACAUA